AUGGCUGUUUCAUCUUAUCAAUCUAUCAUGUUAAGCUCUAUGGCCAACAUUUCUAGCAGGUCUAGAGUUAACCAAAUUAGCAACAUCCCUUCUGUCUACAUUCCAAGCUUGAGAAGAAAUGUUAGCCUCAAAGUUCGAUCUAUGGCUGAGGAAGAGCAGAAAGAGCCAGUUGCACCACCAUCGACACCAACACCACAACCAGCCUCUACUCGUAUACCAAAAAUGAGCACAAAGUUUUCAGAUUUGAUGGCUUUUGGUGGGCCAGCACCUGAGAGGAUCAAUGGAAGGUUGGCUAUGAUUGGUUUUGUCGCAGCAAUGGGGGUGGAGAUAGCAAAAGGGCAGGGUUUGUUUGAACAAUUGUCUGGUGGUGGAGUUCCGUGGUUCUUGGGGACUAGUGUAUUGUUGUCACUUGCUUCAUUGAUUCCAUUUUUUCAAGGUGUUAGUGUUGAGUCUAAAUCUAAAGAUGUCAUGUCCUCAGAUGCAGAGUUGUGGAAUGGAAGAAUUGCUAUGUUGGGUUUGAUUGCUCUGGCUUUCACAGAAUAUGUUAAGGGUACAUCCCUUGUAUAA